AUGGGGGGGGUUUGUUGGGUUGGGGGGGGUGUGGGGGGGUUGGGGGGUGGGGGGUUGUUUGGUGUGUGUGGUGGUGUGUGGGGGGGGGGGGUGUGGGGGUUGGGUGGGUGUGGGUGUGUUGUUGGUUUGGUGGGGGUUGGGGGUGGGGGGGUUUGUGUUGGUGGGGUGGGUGUGUGGGUGGUGGUUGUGGGGGGUGGUGGUUGGUUGUGUGGGUGGGGUUUGUGGUGUUGGUGGUGUGGGGGUGGGGGUUGUGGUGUGUAUGGGUUAUGUUUUGUGGUGGGAGUUGUUGUGGGUAUUGGGGGUGUUGAGUGUGUUUUGGGGGUGUGUUGUGGUUUGGUGAUGGGGGGUUGUGGGGGGGUGGGGGGUGGUGGUGGGGUGUGGGUGUGGUUUGGUUUGGUUGGGGGGGGUUGGGGGUUGGUGUGGGUUGGGGGGUGGGGUGGGGUUGGGGGGGUGUUGGUUGGGUGUGGGUUGGUGUGGUUGUGGGGGUGGGGUGUGGUGUGGGGGGUGGUGUGGGGGGUGUGGGGUUGGGUGUUGGUGGGGGUGGUUGGGUGGGGUGGUUGGGGGGGGGGGGGGGGGGGGGUUGGGGUUGUUGUGGUGUUGUUGGGGUGGGGGGGGGGGUGGGGGGGGGGGUGUGGGGUGGUGGGGUGGGGUGGGUUGGUGGUGGUGUGUGGGGGUGUGGGGUUUGUGUGUGGGGUUGGUGGGUUUGGGUGGGGGGUUGGUGUUUUGGGUGUGUGUGGGGGUGUUGUGGGGGGGGGGUUGGUUUUUGGGGUUGGGGGUUUGGGUGGUUGUUGGUGUGGGGGUGGGGUGGUGGGUGGUGUUUUGGUGUGGGGGGUGUGGGUGGUGUUGGGGGGUUGGGUGUGGGGGGGGUGUGGGUUGGGUUUGUUGGGGUUUGGUGUGGGGGGGGGGGGGGUUGGGGUGGGGGGUGGUGGUGUUGGGUUUUGUUGCAUACACACAGUGUUGUUUGGGUUUUGGUGGGGGGUUGUGGUGGUGGGUUUGGGUGGGUGUGGGGUUGGGGGGGUUUUUUGUGUGUUGGGGUGUGUGUUUUUAUUUGGGGUUGUGGUAUAUGUGGUUUGGAUGUUGGGUUGUUGUGGGGGUUUUGGACAAAUGGGGUUUUUUGUUGAUUGUUUUGGGGGGUGGAUGGUUUGGGUUGGUAAGGGUGGGGGGGGGGUUAUUGAGUAUUGGGAUAGUGGUGUUUGUUGUGGAGUGGGAGGUGGUUUGGGGUGUGGUUGUUUGUUGGUGUUGGGGGUGGUUGUUUGGUUGUGGUUUGGGGGUGGGGGGGGUUUGGGGGGGGUGGUUUGUUUUGUAAGGGUGUGA